UUUUUCCACCGGCCAAAUGAUCGUCAGAUGUGGGGGAGAAGCACUCAAUGGAGACAUUAUGGAUUAACCAAUAAUUACCCCAGAGUCAAAGUAAACAUAACUGAUGCGGUGACACGUUACCAAAGCAAUUAUGUAACCACAAAUCCGAGAUUUCACCUCGAGACUGACGACGUUCUUACAGGGACAGGUGGACCAUUAGGCUACAAAUACACCCAAACUGGUCCGUGAUUGGACUGGGGACACUGGACAUACUGGAGCCCAUUCAACGCGGUAAAUAUUCCAAUCUUUUUUUUUUUAGGGAUGUGAUCCUCCCUUUCCCGAAUGCACAGAUCUAGCGAAAAACUAACAAUACAGAAAUAAUAAUAAUUGCAACCUUUCUGUCACGGCAACCUAACGGUACUUCGGUUGUGGCACCCUGAGCCAUCCAAGUUGCAUUUUCUCCUCUCACCCUAACUUGACUGUGCCGGAGAAAUGAUUUCAGCAGACGUCACUCAUCUGCAUAGGGACUAAAAUGCAACCAUCCUGCAUCAAGCUCCUCACGAACCCGAAACGCCACCUCGUCGUGUGAUUACAGGACCUCCUAAUUGCUGCAUAAACGAAACUACAAACAUGGAAGGUACGGUUUGCAUGUCGUGUCCUGGUGGAAAAAAAAAAAACAACAAAUAAAUAUAUAUAUAGUUCUAUUCACAGAUAGGAAAAACACAUCUGGCUUACAAACUGUCCAAGAUGGAUGCAGCGCCGCUGUGCGCAGGGAUGCGCGGCGGAGCGGCAGCAGGUUGCCUUUAAACGCCCGAUCAAUACUCGCGGUUUUCGCCGAACGUUUGCACCUACGUCUUGUCGCCUUUAUGCAAUACAUUUAAAUAUAUAUAUAAAUCCUUUUUGUUGUUGUUGCAGGAGUAGGAUGUUACUAGCAUCCGCCGUGUUGGUAUGGGAAUGGCUGAACGAGCACGGACGCUGGCGGCCCUACAGCCCGGCUGUCUGUCAUCACAUCGAGGCAGUCAUCCGGAGCGACCCGCGGUGUGGUAGUGUCGUCCUCGGCCAGGUGGACUCUCGCCUCUCGCCCUACAUCAUCGACUUGCAUUCCAUGCACCAGUUCCGACAAGACACAGGUACCCUUCGACCGGUACGACGUAGCUUCUACGACCCCACCUCGGCGCCGGGCCAGGGCUGGCUGUGGGAGUGGGAGAACGACGCCGGCAGCUGGACGGCGUACGACACGGAGGUGGGCAUCGCCAUCCAGGCAGCGCGCGACCGCCAGCAGCCCUGGCUGGACCUGGCGCCGCUGGGCUUCUGCUACCUCAUUGACUUCGAAAGCAUGACCCAGAUCAACGGGCAGACGCAGCGCUGCCGACGCAUCCAGCGCCGCGCCGACCUGGCCUACCCGCUGGUGUCCGGGCCCCUGCCCAAAUCCCACCACGCCUGGGGGCCAAUGUCCAUGCCCAGCCACGGGGGACUGCUCGGCGUGGACGUGUCCGGGGCGGGCAUGGGGGUCCGGAUGAGCGGCGGCGGCGGCGGUGGCGGCGGGACCGGGAAUGGGAGCGCGUACCCCAGCGGGGCGCUACCGGCCUCGGCCAUCACCUCCCUGGGACAGCCCUGCGCCUGUCAGCAGUGCAUGCUGGUGCUGAGCGUCAAGGCGGGCGCCAUGUCGGCCCACACCCUGGGUCGGAGGCCGCCGCAGACCAAGCCACCCAGCCCCAAAAUCAGCAGUUACCCUGUGCCGGGGGGGUCGUACUCCUUGACCCUCCCGCGACCUCCCUCCCUGUCGCGGUCCUAUUCCCCCCACAGGACGUCCAUAGUUGGGGCGACAGGUGGCUUCAGCGUCGGCGGCAUGGGUGGCCCAGUAGGUGGCGGUUUCGGGGGCGGCGGCGGCGGCAUCGGUGGCCUCGGCGGCCUCGGUUACGGAGGAGGCUUCCCCCACUCUUUCUCCCUCCUCAACUCGGCCACCGGCGCCCUCUCCAUCUCCUCUGCCCGGCCUCCUCCUCCGCCGCUCCCCCCUCUUCCGCCGCCCCCUCCGCCUCCCUCCACCGCCCUCUCGUCCGCCGCUGCCGCCGCCGCCGCCCCCUCUCCCCCUCACCCCUCCGCCUCUUCCUCCCUGUCCGCGUCCGGCUCCGCCCCCGCGGCGCCCUCUCCGGGCCCGCCACUCAUCUCCACGGCUGCCUCCACCUGCACGCCGUCGCCUUCGGCCCGCGUCCUGGGCCCAGUGUCUUCGUCUGGUGCCGCUGCCUGCGCGGCCCCUCUGCCGCCCCGGUCCAGCCUGGCGGGGCUGAGCCGACCUGCACUGCAGCGCAUAGCCAUGGCCCAGUCGCGUGCUCUUAUUGCCUCUGGAGUGCCAACUGUUCCAGUGAAGAACCUGAAUGGGUCAAGUCCCGUGCAUCCUGCCCUGGCAGGGAUUACAGGCAUCCUGAUGAGCGCGGCAGGACUUCCUGUCUGCCUGACCCGCCCUCCCAAGCUGGUGCUCCAUCCUCCACCCGUCAGCAAGAGUGACAUCAAGCCCGUGCCCGGUCUGGGCCACUGCUGUCGCAAAACCACCAAGAAGCAGGCUCGCAAAGGAAAGACCCCUGAGGAGGUGGUGAAGAGAUACCUUCAGAAGGUCCGCAAUCCCCCGGAGGAGGACUGCACUAUAUGCAUGGAGGCCCUGGCCGGGCCAUCGGGCUACAAAGGCCCUGGCGUGGGGGGCAUCUCCAGGGCCGAGUCGGUGGGCCGCCUCGCACAGUGCGGCCACCAGUACCACCUCCAAUGCCUCGUCGCCAUGUACAACAAUGGCAACAAGGACGGCAGCCUGCAGUGUCCCACCUGCAAGACCAUCUACGGGGUCAAGACAGGCAACCAGCCCCCGGGCAAGAUGGAGUACCACGUCAUCCCGCACUCGCUACCCGGCCACCCGGACUGCAAAACAAUCCGUAUCAUUUAUAACAUCCCUCCUGGCAUCCAGGGCCCAGAGCACCCAAGUCCGGGCAAACCGUUCACCGCCCGCGGGUUCCCCAGACACUGCUACCUCCCCGACAGCGAGAAGGGACGCAAGGUACUGAGGCUCCUUCUGGUGGCGUGGGACCGCCGACUCAUUUUCUCCGUGGGUACGUCCAGCACCACCGGCGAGUCGGACACGGUAAUCUGGAACGAGGUGCACCACAAGACCGAGUUUGGCUCCAACCUGACGGGCCACGGCUACCCGGACCCCGGCCACCUGGACAACGUGCUGGAGGAGCUCAAGGCUCAGGGCAUCACGGAGGAGGAGUGCCUGCCCAGAGACUGAACGGACGCAUUGGGAUUCGUGGGCGGAAGGACAAAUCCACUUUUUUUUUUGUCUCUGUGGGGAAAAAAAACAUGAACUGAGAGGACUUUUACCAACAGGAACAAGCAACUUUAAAAAGCAGAACUCUUUCCGGGAGCGUCGGUAAAAGCGGUUCGGCAGAAUUCGCUGGGAAUGAAAUGUCUCUCGUGACUGCAUGGGUCAGUUUCGACACAUGGGAAAAAAAAUUUCCUCCCAAUGCAGUAACGGUGUCAAGAUCGAAGAUGGUAUUCAGUGAGACCACUGUGCACAUAUGAGUCAGUGUUAGAUAUAAAAAAAAACAAGAAAAACUUUCAUUUAUACUGUGAGACUUCAUUUUAAGAAUGUAACAACGUGAAUUUUGCUGAAUUGGUCAUGUGUUUAGCACUGCUGCUGCUACGUGGAACUGAAAAGGAGGGACGUCUGUAAGCUGUUUUGCGUGUGAAGUCCACAAGCAAAAGAAACUUGUCAUUGCAGAUGAAUAUUUCAAAUGUAUAACUGGAUAUCUGAGCAUGAAUAUUUGCUGACCUCUAGUGGUACUUUUCCAGAACUACAUUCCUGUUUAGGUUUGAUUUAUAUUUUAUUGUAUUGUUGUAUAUUAUGAAUACUUGAUAUCUGAUAUUGUUUCCAUUCUAUCAUUUUUAAAAUACUUUAAUUAGACAUUUUGUUUUGUAUGCUUUGUUUUAUUUGCGUUGUCUUCAGGUGGGGGGGGUUAGAUCAGACACAAUCAGAACCAGAACCAUUUAUUGCCAAGUACGUUGAACACACAAGUAAUUGUUUCUUGUCGGGAUGGUGCAAACAAUAAACAUACAUAGUCAUAAAUAGACAAACGCGUGCAAAAAACAAGAAUAAUGUUCUAGUUUUAAUUUAAGUGUAUUAGAUAUCAAAUACUAAAUAAUGACUAGAGAUGAUGGUCAAAAAUUGUCCUUGGAGUGACCGAAUAAAGAGUUGUCGAUGGGGGGCGGCACUGGAGUUGGUGGUUGAGAGGCAUGGGACCCCUGUUGAGUGGGGGGAGGAGGGCCUGACGGUCCUGAGCUGGUUGAUGGACCCGUGGACAAUGGGACCGUCCCAUUGUCCUGCAAAGCGACAGUAGAACUGGUUCAGCUCGUCUGCCAGGCGACGGUCGUCCCAAGGAGUGUGUUUGUUUGUGUGUGUGUGUGUGUGUGUGUGUGUGUGUUGGGGGGGGGGUUAGGCUUGUAAUUGGUGAUUUUGUCUGAGACCUUCCCAGACCGUAGCAGAGUCACUUUAUGAGCGCUGAUCGUGGAGCUUCUCGCAGUACAGUUGUUUAGCGUCUCUUCACCGCCUUGCCAAAAUGUUUGCCUCUUUAUGAAAGUCUUUGUCCCGCCCCCUUGAAUGCCUGUUCUUUAUGCAAACGUAUGCCAGCCAUAUACCAGCCCCCUUUCUUUAACAGUAUUUUGUAUUAGAUUAGUUCACAAACUGACAUUCCUUAAAUGUUCUGCCCUCAAAUCAUGAGUGCAUUUGAUAGCUUUCUAUGUCUUCUUGUAUCUGCGUUAUAGGAAAGGCUACAAUGGAUUACACCCCCCCCCCCCCCCUCCCCAGCAGGAGUAAAUACCCCAAAAGGCUAGGAUUGGACUUCUUGCCUAAGCUCAGACUUGCACAGAGCUUUCUACUUAGUAUCAAAAUGAACCGGACAGCUUGCAUCUACUGUAUCAUUGCAUAGGACACACACACCAGCCUCAAAUGCGCUAAUUACAAAACAAAAUGUGCUCACCGUUUGUUUCUUCGUCAUCCGUAGUUUUUGCCAUGAGCAGGUGCAGAAGACUAUCUCUUGUUGUGGAUCCAGCUUUGGCCAAAGUGGUCCAGUUAGUUUGCAUUGGGUCCAUUGUGGACCGGUUUAUUAUGACGUACAAUAGACGAGAUGUUCGACAUGUCUUGACAUACUAACGUAGGCCAACAUUAAUAGCAUUUAUACUUUAUGAUGAUGACUUACUGUAUGCACUGUACUGUAUGUAUUUGUUUUAUGUGCACAAAUUUGCAUUAAACGUUUUUCUAAGGUUCAAAGAGAUAAGAGAACUUUAA